AUGGCGUCAACCGCAGAUGACGCCGUGAUUGACGUUGAGGAGGACGAGGAAGAGGAGGAAUUACCGUUUCGUUGGGGCGAUCCGGCUCCCGGCCCGAGUCGCGGCGGCAAGCGGUUUUACCUGUGGUUCGAGCAGGGAGGGGAGCGGUUCGACAUUUACGACUGCGUGUACUGCCAGGCAGAAGAGGGGAUGGACCCGUACGUGGGGAAGAUCGUGCGCAUGUACGAGCUCCCCCCCAGCCGCCGCGGAAAGCGCAACAGCAUCGGCGGAAAGCCAGGCGAGCGCAAGGUGGACAUCCGCUGGUUCUUCCGCGCGGCUGACGUGCAGGCGGAGGGCGGGGAGCUCCCAAGGGACGUGCGCCCCAACGAGGUGUUUCUGGCCGUUCCCGAGGGCACUCAAGGGGUGACUGACGCUAAUAAAGUGAUAGUGGUGGACUCCCGGGCGCGCAUACUGUGCGUGUCAAAGGACCCGCGCAAUCCACAGCCGAGCGCAGCGCAGGUGGAGGCAGCAGAGCUGGUGUUCUGCCGUGCGUGGGACAUGCAGCAGAAGCAGGUGCUGGAGGACCUUCAGGUGGCUAUUGACGACUUGGGCUCAGAGGAGGCGGUAUUUAACAAGCCGGCAUGGGUGCAGCAGCAGCCGACCAGUGGGGCGACAGCAGGAGAGGACAGAGCAGCAGGCGAGGAAGCAGGAGAGGACAGAGCAGCAGGCGAGGAAGCAGGAGAGGACAGAGCAGCAGGCGAGGAAGCAGGAGAGGACAGAGCAGCAGGCGAGGAAGCAGGAGAGGACAGAGCAGCAGGCGAGGAAGCAGGAGAGGACAGAGCAGCAGGCGAGGAAGCAGGAGAGGACAGAGCAGCAGGCGAGGAAGCAGGAGAGGACAGAGCAGCAGGCGAGGAAGCAGGAGAGGACAGAGCAGCAGGCGAGGAAGCAGGAGAGGACAGAGCAGCAGGCGAGGAAGCAGGAGAGGACAGAGCAGCAGGCGAGGAAGCAGGAGAGGACAGAGCAGCAGGCGAGGAAGCAGGAGAGGACAGAGCAGCAGGCGAGGAAGCAGGAGAGGACAGAGCAGCAGGCGAGGAAGCAGGAGAGGACAGAGCAGCAGGCGAGGAAGCAGGAGAGGACAGAGCAGCAGGCGAGGAAGCAGGAGGCGCGGUUACAGGAAAUGCUGUUGCAGUCGGAGAGGAGAAGGAUGGUGCUCUGAGAAACGAUGUGAAAGGGGAAGAAACGGGGACGGGGGAGGAGCAAAGGGUUGGGGAAAGCGGAGGAGGGGAACAGAAACGGCUAAGCAAGAGGAUGAAGGUAGAAGGGCAGGUGGGGGAAAAGGGCGGGAAUCAGAGCAAGGAGAAGAAGGCGGGGGACCCGUGGGAUCUGGAGGAGGAGGAGGAGGAGGAGGAGGAAGUGGAGGAAGGGCAAGAGGAUGGGCAAGUGGACGAGGAGGAGGAGGGUGUAGAAGAGGAAGAGGAGGAGGGCGACGGGGAAGAGGAGGAAGAGAGGGGGGGAUUGAGAAAAGAAGGUUCAAAGGAAGGCUUAAAGGAAGCGCCCGCAAAGUCAAGUGCACUGAAACUGUUGACUGAGAAAUCGGCCCUGGCAGGGCAGGCAGGCACGGGCGGGCUCAGGCAGGGAUUGCCUCAAGGGCUGCAGCCUGCAGCAGCCCCUGAUGGGCCCGGGUCUCGAGCGAAAUUGCCUGUCCGCCCCUCCCAGAAGAAGCUCCCCCGGAUAACAUCUCCCCCUGGGGCUGUGACUGCUGGGCUGAGAGGAGGAGGGGUAGGUGGAGAGAGAGGAGGAGGUGGGGGAAAAGGGGGAGGGGGAGGGGGAAAGAAGAAGGUUGCUGGUGUGUUGUCAUUGGCCAAUGUUCCGGCCAAUAGGAGGAGUUUGUUUGAGAAGCUGCAAGGGAAGAAGAAGGGGCAGGGAGCAGGGAGGGUGGGUAAGGGAGAAGGGAUGAUGAGGGGAAGGGAGAGGAGUGCUGAGAGAGAAGGGAAGCUGCCAGAGGGACAAGAGGUGGUGCCGCUGGGGAGGAGGAUAGAGGAGGAGAGAAGGAAAGAGGCGAGGAUGAAAUUGGAGGAGAGGAGGAAAGAGGAGGGAGGGAAGCCUGUCAGUGAUGCAGGUGCUGCUACGGCUGUUGCUGGUGCUGCUGAUUCUGCUGCUGCUGCUUCUGCUGCUGCUGUUUCUGCUAACGACUUGGAUGCGUCUGAAGAAGAUUCUGUAGCAGAAGCAGCUGUAGCAGAAGCAGCUGAAGCAGGGGCAGCUGCAGCGGAAGCUAUUAUAGCAGAAGCAGCUAAAGCAGAGGCAGCUGUAGCAGAAGCACCAGGUGCUGCUGACAUGGCGCCGGCUGAGGUGGUGGAUUUAGAGAAGAGAGAAAGCAAGGGUGACGCGAUUGAAAGGGGAAUUGCUGGUGCGGGAAUGGAAGGGAAGAGCGGAACGGAGACUGCAGUGCCUAAGGAGAGCGUUGAUCGUGAGGGUUUGGAGGUGAAGUCAGAGAGCGAGAAAAGGGACGAGAGUGAGAAAAGGGACGAGAGUGAGGAGAAGAGUGAGAUAGAGAGUGACGGGGAGAGACCACUCGUUGACACACGUUUCUGUUGGCCGGUGCCUCUUGCUGCUCCUGCUUCUGCAUCUCCUGCUGCUGCCACUGCUGCCACCGCUGCCACCGCUGCCACUGCUGCCACAACCACUGCCACUACAACCGCUGCUGCUGCUGCUGCUGCUGCUGCUGCUGCUGCUGCCACCACCACUGCAGCUGCUGCGGCUGGGGCGAAGGCGAGGCAGGCAGAGAAGAGAGAGGCAGAUGGAUACCGGGUACGCUCCUUUCCCUCCCAAUCACUCCCUACCCGCCUUUCCAUCUUUCCACCUCUCUCCCUACCCGCCUUUUCAUCUUUCCACCUCUCUCUCUAUCCACCUGCCCACCUACCCACCUCUCUCUCUAUCCACCUGCCCACCCACCUUCCCCUUUCCCUCACAACCUUCAACUGGAUUAGAACAGCAUCAUCGAGGGGGCGUUGGUGGAACAGCGGGUGGGUGGUUGCAUGUUCACCCAUCUCCACCACUCUCAACUCUCCACCUCUCCCUCCCGCCUCGCCCCUGCAGUGGAGCAGCAUCAUUGAGGGGGCGUUGGAGGAGCAGCGGGUGGUUCGGAUUGACAACAUCCCUCCCUGCACCUCGUCGCAGCAGCUGCACGAGGCGAUGCUUGAGCUCUUCACAGAUGUGGUGGCGGUGCGAGUACAGCCGGCCACCACGCCCAUUCCCCCCAUCGCCAUUCACGCCUUUGCCAUCUUCCGCACCGCUGCUGCCGCCGCUGCUGCUGUGCUCUUCCUCUCCGCCAAAUGCGUCGUGCCCUCCCACUCCUCCCGCCCUCUGAUUGGUCGCCUGCAGCGGCCACAAGCAGAGGCGCCAUCAGCAGUGGAUGCCCCCUCGGCCUCUCUCGUGUCGCACGGCCCGGGCUACUUCACCAUCCGCAACAAGCGUGGCGGCCCUGGACAGUACUCAGAUGAGAAGGUGAGGCGGGAGACAUGCUAG